UGAGCCCUGCACCGAGGCAGGCAAACACGUGGUGAGCUCCGAUCAGAGAGCAACACCUGUCAUCUGCAGCAGCGCCACUGCAAACGUGGCCGCACAACAUUCCGCCACGAAUCAAAUCUUCCCCAAGUUCUAAUCAGUUCAAAUUCUGCUAUAAAUUAAGGGCCGUACUUUUCCCAUCACCGUCGUCGAAAUUCAACAAAUCCGCAGCGAAUAGCUUAUUAGAGUUAGAGCAAUGGCAGUUGGUGUUCCGAUAUGCGUGGAGUGCGGGACGAGGAGCAACCCAUGCAGGUGCAAGGUGGUGGGGCCGACCAUCGGUUUCCUGGCCUUCGCGGCGGCGGCGGUGGUGGAGUGGCCGGUGGGCGCCCUGGUCUACUGCUUCCGCCACAUGAAGGGACGCCGCAUCAUGGCCCAUCCCGCCACCGUCGUUUAACCCGCCGUCGCCGCAUCAUGGCCCAUCCCGCCACCGUCGUUUACCCCGCCGUCACUAAUUCCAUUCCAAUAUAGUUAA